UAACAAAGCAACCAAACACUUCCGGCGGCAUACGCAUCUACACAUAUUUGAGCUAUAAAGAGCGCGGGGGAAAGUACCAGUGACCACAGCCAGCCAGUCCAUUGCGAUACCAAGUAUCAUACUUUUCUUCUCCCCGAACCAUCAAUGUCAAAAAUCGUCGAUAUCCACACGCACGUGUACCCGCCCGCCUACGUGGAGCUCCUCAAAUCCCGCACAACGGUGCCCUACAUCCGCGUGUUCCCGCCAUCCCCCACGGCCCGGCUAAUAAUCCUCCCGGGGGAAGACGACGCAUCGACGCCGUCGACGUCGCGGGGGCGACCGCUCGGGGCCGAGUACUUCGACAUCUCAUUGAAGAUCUCGUUCAUGGACACGCACGGCAUCGGGAUCUCCGUGAUCUCGCUCGCGAACCCGUGGCUGGACUUCCUGCCACCGAGCGAGGCCGCGGAAGCGGCUGCCGCCAUCAACGACGAUAUCGAUGCAAUGUGCAAUAGCUACCCUGGGAGACUGUACGCGUUCGCGACGCUGCCGGUUAGUGCGGGGCAGGAGGCAUGUGUAGCUGAGGUUAGGAGGCUGGCCGGAAUGAGGUGGGUCAGGGGAGUGGUACUCGGCACGGGGGGAAUGGGAAGCGGAAUGGAUGAUCCCCGCUUGGACGACGUAUACACAGCCCUUGGGGAGAUGGAUUUGCCAGUGUUCUUGCAUCCGCAUUACGGCCUGCCGGCGGAGGCGUACGGGCCACGCGCGGACGAGUAUGGGCACGUGUUGCCGUUGGCGAUGGGCUUCCCCAUGGAAACCACCAUCUCGGUCGCGCGGAUGCUUCUCUCCUCGGUUUUCGACCGGCACACUCAGCUCACCCUCCUCCUCGCGCACAGCGGCGGCACGUUGCCAUUCCUUGCCGGGCGCCUGGAGUCGUGCAUCCUCCACGACGCGCACCUCCAGGGAACGGGAAAGCUGCGGAACCGUCGCGAUGUCUGGGACGUUCUGAAGACCAACAUCCUCCUCGACGCGGUGGUCUACUCCGCUCUAGGACUCCGCGCUGCGGCAGAGGCGAGUGGGGCGGAUAGGGUGCUUUUCGGCACGGACCACCCCUUCUUCCCACCCCUCACCAACGAGGACGAAGAAGACGGCGGCGGUGAGCCCCAGUGGCUAAGCGUCACGACCAACUAUGCGGCCAUCGACGCUGCUUUCGCCGGUGACAAGGCGAAGAGCGCCGCGGUGUUGGGUGGGAAUGCGGUGAGGCUGCUGAAGCUCGCGUAGAGUAGCGUCGGGUUUGGCCGGUACCUAGUUUUAGGUAGUUGGC